UAAGGAUGCUUAAUAUGGUGAAGAAAAUUUAUUAAAUAUUAUGAAUCACAAUUUAUCUAUCCUUUCGAUAGUAAAUUAAUGUAUUUGAUUAUAAUGUUUAAUAGAUUGUUCUUACCUGUGUAUGAGUUCUAUUUUGUGUGUUUGUCUAAGAACUCUAGCAUACAUAAUGAUCAUUUGUUAUUUUGCGAUCAUAUAUUGAUGAGAAAAGAGCACAAAUGACAUGGUUUAUCAUAACAUGUAUUUAAUAGUUAUUGCUCUUGUUUCUCAUUCAGCUGUAAGCAUUCCUAGAUCUCCUGCCGUCUUGACGCUGAAUGCAACCAACCACAAGCAGUGGAUUGAAAAUAUCACGAUGAACUUGACCUUCAUGAAAGUGGACUUGGCCUUGAGAAUUGAUGCACCAUCUAAGCCUGCUGAUGAUGCUACUGAGAAGGAUAAGAAAUCUUACGAGGACUGGGAACACUCCAAUCAUUGUUGCUUGAUGCUUAUGAGAUAUCACAUGGACGAAUCCAUUCGUGAUAGUAUUCCCAAGUCUGAGAAUGCAAAGGAUUUUCUUGCUGCCAUUAAGGAAAAGUAUAAGAAAUUCUCAAAGAAUGAGAAGAAUGAACACUUGAACAUGCUGCAUCACACUGUUUACGAUGGUUCAGGUGACAUCAGGGCUCACAUUGACAAGCUCAUGGGCCACUAUCAUAAACUUAAGGCCAUGGAUAUGGACCUUGGUGAGGAUUACAUGGUGUGGUUAGUGAUGGAGAAUAUUCCAUCUCAGUUUGAUUCAAUCAGAUCAAGCUACAAUGCUCAGAAGGAGCAAUGGACUGUUGGGGAGAUGUCUGCUAUUCUUGCCAAGGAAGAGGAGGACAUGAGAAAAGGUAGGGCAAGAAGUAUCUCCAUGGUGACGAACCCAAACAAUCCUCACAAGAGAAAGUUCACUUCCAACAACUCUAGUGACCAAAAGCAUCCUAAGAAGAAAGCCAACCAUCCUAAGGGAAAUGGGCAAGCUAGCUCAUCUUCAACUGGUCAUAAGAAUGAGUUUUUCAAAGGGAAGUGCAACUUUUGUCAAUGCUUUGGGCAUAAGAAAGCUGAUUGUCGAAAGCUCAAAGCUCACUUAGAGAAGAAAGGCAGUGACAAACCGAAGAAGACCGAGUAGGUUGGAGGAGCAUGUAUACAUGGGAGACGAUACUAAAGUCAGAGUUGAAUUGUUUGGGACUGUCAGACUGCAGCUAAAUACUGGGCAUUUUUUGGAGUUGCAUGAUGUUGCUUAUUUACCCUCUAUUAGGAGGAAUUUGAUUUCUGUAUCUAUUUUGGAUAGACUAGGUUAUAGUCUUCAUUUUGGAUCUGGAAAACUGACUUUGUAUUGUGACUCUAUGUUGGUUGGAAAUGGAACUUUAUGUGGAAACUUAUAUAAGCUUGAUUUACAUGAUGU